GUAAAAAAAUAUCAUAAGUGGGAAUGACCUUGGAAAUGUUAUCGUAUACUGCCAGAUCACGAUGAUUUCAAUAUAUACUGGACUUCAAUAGGUUCCUUGUUGUGUAAAAUAUUCGAGACGACGACGAGUUCAAAGUAUCUUCGUCAAGCAGUAACAAUUAGUUUUUGACGUGCGUCUCACUAGAAUCUGCACUGCUAUAUUACUUAUUUUUAAUUUUAAUUUUAUUGUAAACAAUCAGGCAAAAUGAGUGCGAGACAGAGAAAGCUGAAGUCUGGAAAUGAAAAAGUCUAUGAAAAUGUAUCAUCAUCCAGUACGAAGAAAAGUACCAACCAACUUGGGAGAAAAUAUUUUAUAAUAGUUGCUUUACUUGGUGCAUUAUUCCUUGGUUAUAUUGCAAUAGCAAAUGAUUUAAAGCCAAUAAGAAUUGGUAGUAAAGUUAUUGACACAUUAGCAUUUUCAUUAAAUAUACAAAAGCCUUUUUAUGUUGUUAUCAUCGAUGCUGGAUCUACUGGUAGUCGUGUAUUAGCAUUUAGUUUCCACGAGUCAAUUCUAAAUCGUCAUCUAGUACUGGAUGCUGAAUUAUAUAGUGAUACCAAACCUGGAUUAAGUGCAUUCGCUGACGAUCCUAAAUUUGCUGCUAAAUCUCUUAUUAAAUUGUUGGAAAAAGCAAAGACGGUGAUACCACAAUCAGAAUGGGUUAAUACACCACUUAGUAUGAAGGCUACUGCUGGCCUCAGAUUAUUGCCUGGACAUAAAGCAAAUAAUAUACUUGAAGAAUGUAGUAAACUUUUUGAAUCAUCUGGCUUUAAAGUAUCCAAAAAUGCUAUUUCUAUAAUGGAUGGAGCCAGUGAAGGAAUUUUUUCUUGGUUCACUGUAAAUUUCUUAUUGGAUAAACUUAAUUCUCAUUCAUCUGAAAACACAGUAGCUGCACUUGAUCUUGGUGGAGGCUCUACACAAGUAACUUUUGCACCAAAUAAAAUGCAAAUAAAAGAAUUGAAAGAACAUGUCUAUGCUAUUAAUGCCUUUAGUCAUAAUAUGAGCGUAUAUACGCAUAGCUAUUUAGGAAUGGGUUUAAUGGCAGCUAGAAAAGAAAUUUUGAUGCAUGGAAUAAAUAUAAAAAAUACUACUGAAAAGGGCCCAAUAGUAAUCAGAUCAGAAUGCAUAAAUCCAAUUGUAAAUACUGAAUGGAGUUAUGGAGGAAAAAAUUAUAUAGUAAAAGGACCUGUUAAUGGAACACUUAAAACAGUUAAGACACAAAAUUUCGCAGGAGGUGAUGAGAAUAGACCGAUUGUAAGAUUUUCAAAAUGUUUAAAGAUUAUAGAAGAAUAUGUCAAUACAAUAAGCAAUAAGCCAAUAGGACUAAACACUCAUGAAAUAUAUGCUUUUUCUUAUUAUUUCGAACGCGCGACUGAGGUAGGUUUAAUAGAUCCCUUCACUGGUGGUGCUAUACACUUAGGUGCUUUUUUGAAACAAGCUACGGAAACUUGUGAUUAUCCUAAUACAGAUCAACCAUUUAUGUGCUUGGAUUUGACAUUUAUUUAUGUCUUGUUACAUAAUGGUUUUGGCUUAGAUCCUUCUACAAGGUUAUUUUUGUAUAAGAAAAUCAAUGGACAUGAAUUAAGUUGGGCUUUAGGAGCUGCCUUUAACGUAUUACAAAAUGGUCUUUAACGUUUAUAGGAAAUACAAUAUUAAUAAAUGGAAAAUUAGUGAAAUAGAACAAUUAUCAAUUUUUAGUAAAAGUAUUGAAUAUCAUUGAUAUCAGCAAAUCUUAAUAUGCAAGUCAAGUUUUACAAAAUAUAAUUUAUAGAAACUUUACAAUGGGAAACUAUAAAUUAUUAAUA